UUAUCUUUGGUUGCCACCACAAUUGUCUAACGGGAAAAAAUACACGCGAUUGAAUUUUCUCUAAAUAGCUAAAAACAAUUUACCGAGUGUUAAAAAAUAUUAAAAUAUAUUGUAAAUAACGUGAUUAUAAAGCAAUAACAUAAUUUUCGUUUUAUAUUAGUGAGAAAAAACUUCAAGUAUAAUAAAAUACACGCUAUUAAAACAUUUUUCCUACGAAUAGCAAACGAAAAGGGAAAGCAGAAGAUUAAGAAGAAAAAACUUGUCUACGACGAGGGAAAAAUAGACGCUGAUUUGUACUACAAAAUUUGUAUACAAUAAUAGGAAAAAUACAGAAGGCUAGUGAAAAAGAAUUGAAAAUUUAAACAUGGAUAAUAUUGAACAUUUGUAUAAAUGUUAUGAAAUUUUAUCGGAUGCUGGUGACAAAAUAUCAGAACAUGUUUCGGAAUACAAGGAUAUAUUGAAAGCCGUCAAAGGUUCUUCGAAGGAAAAACGUUUGGCUUCACAAUUUAUUGGUAAAUUUUUCAAACAUUUUCCUGAUUUAUCAGAUACCGCUAUCGAUGCUCAAUUGGAUUUGUGUGAAGAUGAUGAUAUGCAGAUACGCCGACAAGCUAUUAAAGAUUUGCCCAAAUUGUGUCAAGAUACUGUAGGCAUUACGGCCAAAGUUGGUGACACUUUGGCCCAGCUAUUGGUGUUGGAUGAUCCUUUAGAAUUGCAGCAAGUUAAUAACUCUUUGCAGACAAUUAUUAAGAUGGAUUGUAAGGGUUCGUUGACCGGUAUUUUUACACAAAUUUCAAAUGGUGAUGAACCUACACGUGAACGUUGUUUUAAAUUUAUUGCCACCAAACUGUUUGCCAUGGGACCAACUAUAGUUACCAAGGAAAUUGAAGAGUUUAUAAUUGAUGAAAUUAAAAAAAUUUUACAGGACGUUACUGCUGAUGAAUUCCAUUUGUGUAUGAAUAUAUUGGGAAGCACUAAACUCGGUACAACCAUAACGGGACAUGCUGAAUUAGUUAAUUUGGCCAAAGAACAAGCCGAACUUAAUGCUGAUAUCGAUGCUAUAACCAUAGAAGAUGAAAUUGUUGAACGUUUCAUACAGUGUGCCACACACGUUAUGCCAUACUUUUCGAAUACCAUCAAAUCAACUGAAUUUGUUGUUUAUGUUUGUGAUAAAUUAUUACCUUUGAGCACUUGGAAUAUGAUUGCUACAACAGCCGGCCAGGAUCAAGUCCAAUUACGUUUAUUGAAAGUUUUUGCUGAAAUGUGUACAUUUUGUGAUGUUUUAGACAAUGCCACACAACGUAUUGAUAAUAUUUAUCAAGUUUUAAGAGAAUAUAUGCCUCUACCUCAGCUUAAAGAUGACGAAGAUAUUAGUAGUCCUCCACCUUCUUUCCAAUUCUCUCAUGCUGAGUGUUUAUUGUAUGCUGUACAUACUUUGGGUAAAAAACAUCCCGAUAGUUUGUCAUUUGUUAAUGAUGCCGAUAAAUUAAAAGAUUUUCGCUCCAGAUUGCAAUAUUUGGCACGUGGCACUCAAGGUUAUAUUAAAAAAUUGGAAGAAGCUGUUAAAGGCAAAUCAGCCGAAGACUUAAAAUCUGAAGAAAAUCAAUUGAAAUUGACUGCUUUAAAGACAACUUCAAAUAUAAGCACAUUAAUAAGAGACUUAUUCCAUUCGCCACCCAGUUUCAAACAUGAUAUACAGUUAUCAUGGGUUAAACGUAAAAAUAAUAAAAUUGGAUCUAAACGUCAUGCCCCCAUAACAUUCGAUGGCAAAGCUGAAAACGGUAAAGAUGAAGAAAAGAAAACUAAAAAUGCAACAGAUCAAAAAAUCUAUUCGCCGCCCUCGGGUAAAUAUUCAGCCAAAGUGCAAAACUAUGGUAACAAUCAAAACAAUCGUCAACGUUCGCGCAACUCCGGAGGUGGUGGUGGUGGCUAUAGAAAUCGUCGCAAUUUUAAAAAAUAUUAAACCCAAAGAAAUGCACAGUAUUGAUGCUUUUUCUUAAAAUUAAUAUUAGUUUAAUAAAAAACACAACAACAAGAACAUCGUAUGAUAUUUAAGCUGCUGAUAACAAAAAGAAAAAAAUACAAAAAAUAUCAUAAAACUUUUAAAUACUUUUCAACACUUACUAGUCUUUGUUUAUUCAAAUAACUAAAACAACAACAACUACAACAUAAAAAUUAACGUUAAGAUUUUAAAACUUUUCUUCUACGACAACAAACUAUUACUGAGCAAUUACUCGUUGGUGUUACACAUUUCAAGACAAAUCCAGCAGAUCAUGUUGUUAUCCCGGAGAUUCUUCUUCUCAUCUUUUACAUUUCCCAUUGUAUUAGAACCCGCGACGACAAUUUUCCUCAGCACUCGUGACACCUCAGUUCUAUAAAAAGGUAAGCUUGACACAACUUCUUAAUAAUUUGUAUUUUUUCUCUCAUUUCAGUUUUUUUAACAAAAAAAAGUUUAAACAUCUUUAAUAAAACUUCUUCACGUAAACUUCUUACAAUAUUUGCUUUAACUCAUUUAGCUAAAUUGUUAAUACAUAUUUCCUUUAUACUUUUCUUUUAUUAAUAAUCAUUUUCACGACAAUUUAUUUUGUUUUUCUUAAUAUUUGUUUCAAUAUAGUUCUUCAUUUCUUUUAUGUGAGCAAUUGUAAAAUGCUAUUUUUUUUAUAGAAAAACAAUAAUAAUAACAUAAAUAUGUUAACGAGCUUAACAUUAAAAAAUUUAUUUUACAAUGUAACAGAUAACAGAAACAGAAAAUUAUUUAUUUCUUUUGAAAUUUUUUAUGAAAAAAAAAAAAACGAGUAAAAUAACUUAAAUGAACAAAUAUUACUUACGAUAUUUUGUUUUCGAAACUAAUCCUUUUUGAAUGGGAAAAUUACUUUUUACAAAAUGUUUUCUUUUUAUGUUUAUCAUUUUUUUUCAGUUUUCCUUUUUCCUUUUUAUUUUUUAGUUUUAUUAUUUUUUUAAAAUACUAUUAUUUUAUUAUUUUUUUGCCCAGCGUUUUGUUAAAAGUUAUUUUCCUUAAUAUUCUCUUAAAUUCUUAUUAACUAUUAUAACGUUUAAUUGUCAUUCUUAUAUAUACAAAAUAUAUAUUUAUAUUAAAAAAAAAUAAAAUUUUAAACAAAUUA